AGGAAACGCAAGAGGAGGAGCGGGCGGGCGGGCGUAAUGGGGGUGGGGACGCCGCUGCCGCUGCUGCUGCCGCUGCUGCUGCCGCCGCCACGCAGCGGAUUAGUCCACUAAGAAGCUCUGCAGCGCUCAUCACUUUUUCGUGUAGUUAGCUUUGUCGCUACCCGCCCCCGCCCUCCUGCGUCUCUUCCUCGUCCUCCGUCUCGUCUUGUCUCGUGUCGUCUCGUUUGCUUGUCUUUCUGCUGCUUGUGCUUCAUCCCCACGCGGCUGGCCGGCGAGACAUGGCGAAAGAGAACGGCGAGUCCGCCGCCGCCGCCGCCGACGGCUCGUGGAAGAAACACGUCGACGACAUCAAGAGUGUGUUCGACUUUAAAGAAGUCCUGGGAACCGGCGCCUUCUCGGAGGUGGUGAUGGCCCGGGAGAAGGCGACGGGGAAGAUGGUCGCCAUCAAGUGCAUCCCCAAAAAAGCUCUCAAAGGGAAGGAGAUGAGUCUGGAGAACGAGAUUGCCGUGCUCAGGAAGAUAAAGCACGAGAAUAUCGUGGCUCUGGAGGACAUUUACGAGAGCUCCAACCACCUGUACCUCAUCAUGCAGCUGGUUUCCGGCGGCGAGCUCUUUGAUCGCAUCGUGGAGAAGGGCUUCUACACCGAAAUGGACGCCAGUCGGCUCAUCCGCCAAGUUUUGGAUGCCGUCAACUACCUCCACUCCAUGGGCAUCGUGCACAGGGACCUCAAGCCCGAGAACCUGCUCUACUUUAGUCCCCACGACGAGUCCAAGAUCAUGAUCAGCGACUUUGGGCUGUCCAAGAUGGAGGGGCCGGGCGACGUGAUGGCCACCGCCUGCGGCACUCCAGGUUACGUGGCGCCUGAGGUGUUGGCGCAGAAGCCCUACAGUAAAGCCGUGGACUGCUGGUCCAUCGGGGUCAUCGCUUACAUUCUGCUGUGCGGCUACCCGCCCUUCUACGAUGAAAACGACUCCAAGCUCUUUGAGCAGAUCCUCAAGGCCGACUACGAGUUUGACGCGCCGUACUGGGACGACAUCUCGGAUUCCGCCAAAGACUUCAUCAGCCGUCUGAUGGAGAAGGACCCCGAGAAGCGCUUCACCUGCGACCAGGCUCUGGAGCAUCCCUGGAUCGCGGGAGGCACGGCCCUCUGCAAGAACAUCCACGAGUCCGUCAGUCGGCAGAUGCGCAAAAACUUUGCCAAAAGCAAAUGGAGGCAAGCCUUCAAUGCCACGGCGGUAAUCCGCCACAUGCGGCGCUUGCAGCUGGGCACCAGCUUCGGCGGCAGCAGCAGCGUCCACGGCGCCGCCUCGGGCCCCGCCGGCAGAGCGCCCACCAAGAGUCAGUCGGUGGACUGCGCCCCGCUCCCCGUCCGCGACAGACCUCCGGCGGCCGCCCCGCCCUCCUCCGCCACGGCGGCGUCUCCUUCGGGCGAAGAGCUGCCGUCGUCGGCGCGCCCCUCCACCGUCACGGUCAUCCGCACGGGGACUAAAUGACGCCAAGUUCCGCGGGAGGUGAGCUGGGAGACCACCGAGCUUUAAGAGCGGGCCCGGUGAUCCCGAGCGGUGGCCCGUCCCGCCUCGCUACCACCCUCCCUCCCGCCUUCCCUCCCUCCCUCCCUCCCGCGUGACGAUUUUGAGCAGAGAGCCAGGAGCUGCGCUCGGCUCAGCGUCGCUCCUGAGCAAGUCGAGAAGGAAGCGCAAAACCAAAGUGCUGGUUUUAGCGGCGGCGCCGCCGCUGCCGUCCAAUGGGACGCUCCCGAGUACGCCUCGUGUAAAUAUUUUGCUUGAAGCCAAAUGGUGGCGCCGACUUUGAUUCUCGCCUCCGUGCGCGGUGGUGAUUUCCUUUCCUGUGAGAGGACACGCGUGGGUUCUCAGGGAUGACGGCGCUUGAAGCGGACCAAAGCGCCCGAGGCCACUGUGGAGCGCUCCGACGGGAGACUUUGCUUCCUUUCUGUAAAGCGGCGGCCAGAAUUUGGGCUGUCGUCAGGGUGAACAAACGGCAGCAAGACAAAGUGGCUCUGGAGGCCACAAUGAGGCAAAGUGCUUUUCAGGGUGUCGGCCAAAUGGCGUGGAGAGCUUUUUGUGAGCAAGCAAAAAUGUUGAGCUUGAGUACAAUCAGUGGUUGUGCGUCUCCUCAUAGCGGCCUGUUGAAUUUAGCAGAAAGACUCUGGCCCCCGGAAUGCCCCCCCCCCUUCCGGGUCAGGGUCAAGAAAACGCUCGGCAAAUGUAAACGUGUGUGUGUGUGGAGAGUAAAAAAAGACGAGUGAGCCUCUGUUUGCUGUGAAUACAAAAGUUUUAUUUUGGCAAUGUGGAAUGUCUCUGUGUUGUCGUCUUCCCUCACCAGAGUAGGGCAGCACGCACGCACACUUCCACAAGCUGUGAAUUGCUGCUCCAAAUGCAUGUCGCAUGUCUUGAUGUCAUGUAUUAAACAAGAAAGACUUUG